GCUGUGCUGUUGGUAGCCAGUCUUUGAAAAUAGCUCACUGGCGGCGCUCACUAGAUGUCCCAAAGGGUGGCAGCGCGUUUUCCCGGUUUCCUCUUGUUUGUGCAGCUGCAGUGCCCGAAAAGGAGCGGCGGAGGAUUAUAUCCCAUGAAUUUGACUUCUACAUGGAUUAUCCUGUGGUUAAAGUUUGAGGAAUCAGAGGUGGAAAUGGAGCUCCCAAAUCAUGCCAAACAACUGCUGCUGCAGCUAAACCAACAGAGAAGCAAAGGGUUCUUCUGUGAUGUCAUCAUAGUCGUUGAAAAUGCCCUGUUCCGUGCCCACAAGAAUAUCUUGGCAGCGAGCAGCAUGUAUUUCAAGUCCCUUGUGCUUCACGACAACUUGAUCAACCUGGACACCGAUAUGGUCAGCGCCACCAUCUUCCGACAGAUUCUGGAUUUCAUUUACACCGGGAAGCUCCUGGGGACAGACCAAGCCAGCGAGCAGAAUUUCAACGCCCUCCUAACAGCAGCCAGCUACCUCCAGCUUCAUGACCUUGCCGCCCUUUGUCGGAAGAAGAUGAAACGCAACGGAAAGACUUUACACGGCAAGCUGGCCGGCCCCAAUCCCGGGAAGCUCGGGCGAGGCCAUAGACUUUCCUCCACUCCAGUUAUCCAGACACGCUACACGGGGUCACCCGAGGGGCUCAAGAGGCAGCAGGCGGGGGAACUGCACAGGGUGGAGGUUACUGGAGAUGAAUUGUACAUCGCUAGCUCAAACAAAGGAAAUUCUCAUUCUCACAGCCAAAACAGUGGUACCAGCAAAAGCAGCAAUACUAAUGGCACCAACAACAGUGGGGAGCAGGAGCAAAUGCUCGGUCUUGACCUAUCCAAGAAAAGCCCUUCAGUCCCUCCCCACAUGUCUCAGGAAGACAUGCAGCUUGGUGAGUGCAACCAAGGCUCUCCACAUUCUGCCUCUGUUUCUGCAACCAACAGUGCCUCCUUUGAAGACAACACCACCAACCCUCAUAAAUCAGAGAACAGUGAGUCCACAGAUAGGAAUGACAUUACUGACAACCAGAACCUGGCCGAUACCGGGCAGUCCAAGGGCUUUCGCCUCUCCGGUCGCAACACUGGGUGGAUAAAGCAAGAGAAGGUAUUUAACAGGCAGGAAAGUGUGAACUGCAGGGAGGAGAGUGCCUCAGUCAUGAACGGUGUCAUCAUGGGCCCUCUAGUCAAGUCGCUGGAGCGCGAUUCAAGCCACCAUUUUGACCACGCUAUGCACUGCAAGGAGGAGGAAGAGGAAGAAAAUGGGAAAGAAUGCAGCGACGACAGCGGACAAAGUGAGGAGGAGAGUGGGCAGGCUAGCAGCCACGCCUACAGACCUGGUCAGGAUGGCUUUGAGCCGGUGGUGUAUGGUGACAACCUCUAUGUGUGCAUCCCCUGUGGCAAAGGCUUCCCCAGCUCGGAGCAGCUCAACGCCCACGUGGAGACACACACAGAAGAGGACCUGUACAUCAAGGAUGAAACGGACAGCCUGGCCACGCAAAACCUGCCUUACCCCAAUGACUCCAGGCCAUACAAGUGCUCCGUCUGCGAGAAGAGCUACAGGGACCCCUCGACCUUGCGACAGCAUGAGAAGACCCACUGGCUAUCGCGGCCCUUCCCCUGCAACAUCUGUGGUAAAAUGUUCACUCAGCGGGGAACCAUGACGCGGCACAUGCGCAGCCACCUGGGGCUGAAGCCUUUUGCCUGCGAGGAGUGUGGCAUGCGCUUCACCAGGCAGUACCGACUGACAGAGCAUAUGCGGGUCCACUCGGGCGAAAAGCCCUACGAAUGUCAAGUCUGCGGUGGCAAGUUCACGCAGCAGCGCAACCUGAUAAGCCACAUGCGAAUGCAUACCUCACCGACAUAAGCCAAAGACUCGAACCUAAUUUUCGGGAGAACCUGCUUCUCCAGCAUCGGCGGAGGAAGAUAGUCAUACGGACUGCCUCUUUCACACGAUUUCAAAUUGGAGAAUGAGCAGGGGGUGGGCGGGAAAGGGGAUCUUUAGUUUCCAAUAGUUGUUUAGAGAAAUUCCUCGAAUCUUAGAGGUACUUGUUUUAUUAAAAGAAGUAAGGACCUUUGUAAUUUUCAUGUGAAUGUUUAAACUGGAAGGUCGAGGAUCUAGGUGGGGUAGUUUGGUGUAGGCUGGACUUGCUGCAAUUUCCUUAGGUACAUUUCCUUUAUAUUUUGUCCUGUGUUUAGCCCCUCUCCCCUUGCUAAACAAGUCUGGUUGAAGUGACUUAUCAGCUUGCUACCUCUUCACGAUGAUAAUUUAUAAGAUAAAAAAAAUAAAUAAAAGGGUUAGUCAAAGAGUAAUGGAAGGGAAGGGGGGGUAGAUAUCUCUUUAAAAAUAUAAUAACAAAUUUAAGAUUUAGUAUUUCCAUUUUGACAUUGUCCAUCCUGGCUUUUUGGUUCUAUCCAAAUAUUGGCUGGCUUUUUUCCCAAGCCAGACCAGAUAAGACUUGUACGUUUUAUCUGCCUUGACCAAACUAUAUAACAGUGUAUAGUGUUUUGAAUUUUGAGCCAUACCCAUGUAAAGUCAUGGCUGCAUCAAAGUCGCAAUAGUCUUUCUAAUUAAUGGUCAGUUCCGUGGUGAGGGUGGGAAA